AUGGCGCCCGCAGUCUCGCUCCUCUCUCACUCUCUGCCUCUUGUUCCUUCUCCAGUCUUCUCUAGUGUCGACGAGGCUGAGCAAGAGAUUCAGUUGAGAAGGCCAGGGAGAGGCUGCGAAGAGGCCAAAGAAAAGAAGGGAGACGCGCAUGAGAGAGUGCGGGAUCUCUGCGAGCGUCUCGCGCGUCUCCCUUCUUCCUCCCCGCCCCUGGGAACUGACAAAGGAGAGAAUUCUUCAACGCAUGCCCCGGGUAGCGCUCGUGCAGAUUCGGCGAGAGGAUGCUGCCAGGCUCAGGCUUUGCCUGAAGAGGAAAAGGGAGAGAAAGGAUUCUGCUCCGAUUCCAAGACGCUCACCUCGUGCGGCGAUCGAGGCGAUGGCCAGUCGCAUAGGCUCGCGGCGCUCGAAGACGCAGAGGAAGAAGGGAGGAGGUCAGGAGGCGUGCUGUGUGCCUUUUCCGUGCAUGCACUCAAGGCAUGGGUACCUCAGCACUACCCGUAUUGUGCUGCCGCCGCCGCUGUAGGCGCGUGGAAUGCCGUGCACCACCUCGCCUUUCCUAGGGGCGAGAAAAAGCGGGGCGAGAGACAGAAAGACGAGAGUGAAGGGAGCAAGGAAGAGAAGAGAGAAGAGAGACAGGAAGACGAGCAGAAGGAUAAGGAGACUCUGGAGGGAUCCACAGGUGCGCCGGUGAACCAGAGUGGAGCAGAACUCAGAGAGAAGAGAGGAGAGCAAGACACAAAAGAAGAAAGACAAGGGAAACGUCAAACUCGAGAGGACGAACCACGAGAAGACACAGGACGGCAAGGCACUGAGCAAGGCGAAAAAGAGAGAGAAGAGAGGGAAGAGAGGAGAGAAGAGAGACAAGAGACGCGAGGUGGAGAAGCAUCUGGAUCUGUGGUCGGGACGAUUCCCUGUUUUUCGUCUCCUUCCGCCCAGAGCGUGGAGUCGGGACUGAGUGCGCUCCUCGACCGCGCCACUGCGUCCAGGAGAGCCACGCGAUACCGUUUUCUUUCGCUGAUUUUGUCGCCCUUGGAGAUGCGAGACAGAGGCGUUAGAGAGCAGGCUCGAGGAGAAUUGAUUCACCUGGAGGACGAGGUCCUCGACAACCUCUUUGCUGCUGAGGCGGAAGAGGAGAGAAAGAGAAAACAGGAACGCGAGCGAGAAGACAGAGGGCUGACCCCGCAGAGUGGAGAGACGGGCUCAGACAGAGGAAAAGAGCAAGAGAGGAGGAAGUUUCGAGCGGAAGAGAAAUCAAAGAACAAUAAGGAAGGCGAAGAGGCGGAGGAAGGCGAGAAGAAAGAGGAUGAGAGAGAACGUGAGGAGCGCCACCAGCAGGAGGACAGGCGCGAAGGCACACAAGUGAAAGCGGCAGGAGAAGAAGAAAAGAGAGAGAGGGAACAGAAGGGGGGACAGGGAGGCGCAAAUACAGUAUGGCGAGAGAAAGAAGAGGAGGAGAAUGAAGAGGCGAAAGAUGAGGAGAACUACGGGGACAGGGAGGAGACCAAAAGAAGUGCAACUGGGAGGCAUGAGAUGUCGGAGUUUCCCGCAUUUGAUUCCACCCGCCGAGACACCAAAAGAAGGUGCCAACGGGCUCUUGUUCUGCGUCUUCUGCAUGCGAGUUUGGAGGCUUACUUCCCUUCCUCAACAGGAAAAAGAGACGCGGACAAACAGUUGCAUCCUCAGCACCUUCUCUCUCCUCGCGAUGGAGAGACGCAAACGGACUCUAGAAAAGAAAGAACAGGAGACGUGGAGAGUCCGCGUGCGUCCGGCAAGGAGGGCGAGACAGAGGAAGAGAAGAGAACAGCUGGAGACAUAUCGGCCUGGUCUUUCACCUGCACGCCCCGUGGGGCGGCAGCCGCUGGACCAGAGGAGCGAGGGGAGGACGAAGCGCGAAAAGGCAGAAAGGUCCAAGGAGGGAGAGAAAGGCAAGGGGGGGAGCGUGGAGAAGAGGAAGGCGGAAACGAUGGGAGCGACUACUCCGUAGGAAAGAACCAAAGAACCGAGAACGAGGAAACCGAACCCGCACGUGAUGGGGAAUCAGGGUGGGGCGAGAGAGAGCGCGAAGAAUGUGGGAACUCGAUUGUCCCUCGACCAGAUCUCCCAACACUUCGGUCUUGGACAGCUGCAGCGUCCCCACCCCACAAAACUGUCUCUUCUUUCCUGCCCUGGAACGAAACGUGGAGCGUGCGGCGUCGGCUAGCUUUCGCUCUUCGGGUUGUCUCUCCCACUGUACAGACACCUCAACGAGGAGAGGAGGACGCAGGAGAUAGAAACGUUUUCCGGGGUGCUCCUCCGGCUCUCUUUUCUGGAGUCCCAGAGGAAAGGGAAGAAACAAGGGAAGCAUUGCAACAGGUCCAAGACCAACAAGACAAGGGACGUGAAAUGACAGAGGACAUGUUUUGUUUUUCGUGUUUGCCUUCUGCCGUUUCUCUCGCUUCCUCCUCGUCUUCGGCUAGCUCGAUCUUCCCCCACGCUGCUUCGCCUCCUGGUGGUCCCUCCAGCACUAAUUUUUCUGUCUCUUCUUUCGAGUCCGCUCCUAUGUGGAUUGUCUGCAUGCAUCUUUCAAAGAAUUCUCGUGGACAACCUCGUGGCUGUCACAGACCGAGGCGGGGGUCAGCACAGACGGCGAAAGGGAGACAGAAGGCUGCAGAGUUGUGCGUCGAGACAGCUUCUUCGAUCGGCGAGAAAAUAGCGCAAAGGGGAAACAACAGUCGAAGAAAGAGGGUUCGGCAGGAGACCGAGUGUCCCAAUGACGAAGAAAGAAACGAGUGCGGAGCAGGGAGAGAAAGAGACGGAGAAAAAGAGGGAGGCGGCCUCGAAGAGGACAUGCUCGGAGUGGUACCGCAGCAAGAACAGGGAGAAGGUGGGGCGAAAGAAGACAGAGAAGAAAGUGAACAAGACACGACCGAACAGGAGCCGCCACGCGUGUGUGCGGCGCGUGCUCCAAGCCGACUGAUGCCUGCGAAGAAAGAAGGCAGCGUUUUAUCCACGCAGAAAAGGAAAGAAAAAACGUCUCUCCGUGGGCCGACGACAGCGACGAGGAGCAAACGGGGCCUUGCAUUCUUCCGAAAAGUCGUGGCGAAUCUCGAAACUCUCUUGCAAAGAGGUCAGGCAGAAAGGCGGCUGACGCUGGCGAGGCCCAGCACAAGACACGUGGGGAACAAACAGCUGCUGGAGGCGUUUGUGGACAUCGAGGCGAAGAACCAUCGGUGCCGAGGGGUUGAAAGGAACAGAGAGGAGAAGAGGAGCGGCGGAGAGACAGAAGCAGGAGAGUGGACAAGGAGAAGUGAAGAGGGCCGGAAAGAAGGACGCGAGGACAGUGAAGUGGAGGGAGAGGACGGAGAGCGUGAGGUAACGGGAGACAAGGCAGAAGGAGAGAAGGUGGGAGCAGAGCGAACAAGACGGGAGGAAGCAAAGGUAGAAGACGGAGGAGAAGGGGGAAAGAACGAGGACGAAAAGGAGAUUGAGAGCAUGGGAGAGCUUCACUCAGACGCAGACCGACGGGACGCUGGUGAAGAUCCUGCUUCGAAGGGAGGAGAGGGAGACGAAGGAGACGAAAGGAAGGGAGCAGAAGAAAGAGAGACGGAAAGAGACUUCAGUGAGUGGCUGGGGUCCGCGUGGAUAUGUCCUCUGUGUAGCUACGGUGUACGAGCCUUUGCGGUAAUGGGAGGGCCAGGGACGCAAAGCAAGUGGAUUGUGAGGAGAGAGAGAGAGGAGAAAGAGAGCGAGGCCAAGGAAUGGGAAGAAGAGUCGAGCAGCAAGAAAGAGCGCAUGGGGGAGGAGAAAGGAGAGCAGGAAGAGGAGGAGACUCGGGUCGGGACGGGAACGGAGGACGCGUCUGAGACCGGGAGCGUGAAAGAGGAGAAAGAAGAGGCCAAGAGGGAGAAGAGAGGCGAGGACGAGUCGGAGAAGACAGAAACAGGUGCUGAGAGAGCGCAGACGGAACAGGAUACACAUACUGAAAGCGCGGAGACACGCACAGAGACUGAAGGGAAGAAGGCAGGCGAGGUCGAGGGAGAGGCGACCAGGGACGAAGUCGAGACAGAGUGGAAGCGCUUUCGCGCGGCCUUCGAAGAGAAAGACAGUGUCCUCGUGCUCCAUAUCCAGAACCACUACGCUCUCGUUUUCGGCUGGAGAGAAGUCUGGGAGGAAGCAGUCGAGCAGGAAAGAAAGGAAGACACGGAAGAGAUACCUGAGGGUGGUGCCCCGGAGAAGGGAGAUCUCGGAGAAGCAAAGAAGUCCCACGACCUAGAAAUCGUCUCGGGCAACGUGCAUCCUUUGGGAGGCCGCGAACCAACCACCCUCCCAUGCCUCUCUGGCGGGGCGCGGAAAACCCAGGACCGUCGCCACCCCUCGUUCGUCAGAAACGAAAAAGACGCAGGAUCCCUCUUAGACGCAGGGUUUUUUGAGGAUCACAGAUCUUAA